UUCCCAGCCUCACACGAUGGAGACUUUUUCUCCUAAGAAAAAAAAAACGAAACAACCAAUCUUCUUCUCUCCCCAUUUCCCCUUCUUUGCCCCAAAAAGAAAAAAUGACUAACAAACACGAUCAUCAUCACCAACAUUGUCGCCUCAACUUCAAAGUCCUUUCAUGAAAUUUCUGCAUGUUUGUUAGUGCUGAAUAAUUAACCCCCAUUACAAAACAAACAAAUCUUGUAAUACGUUGAUCCUCAUUGGAAAAGAAAAUCGCAUCAUUCAUUCUUCGCAAAGGGGUGAUGUGAAAACUAAGAAAAACAAAGAAAAAGAAGGAUCUUGAUGCACAAAACAAAUAAAGAUACGGCAGUCUUAGCCUUGUUUUGAAGCCAAAAGGAGAGAAGAAACACAAUGGCUUUCCGUUCCUUUAGGGCGCAAUCGGUUUCGAAUCAAGGAUCAUACCCAUCGGAGAAGAUAUCAGAAGAGCCAUUACCAAGCAAAGUGGCACAGAGCACCGUAACAUGCUUCUACCAAACCAAUGUGGCAGGGUAUUGGCGAAACAUAUCUAUCUUGUGGUGCAAGAAUCUCAUGAACCAUUCCUUACACAUCACCGUCGAUAGCCCCGGCGGUGACGCGCAUUUCGGCUGCAAGAUCGACGUCAAGCCAUGGCAUUUUUGGAGCAAGAAAGGCUACAAGACUUUCGACGUGGAAGGCCGUUCCGUCGAGGUCUACUGGGACCUCCGGUCGGCAAAAUUCUCCGGCAGCCCCGAACCGAACAGCGAUUACUACGUUGCGUUGAUUUCCGAAGACGAGGUGGUUUUGUUGUUGGGAGACUACAAGAAGAAGGCAUACAAGAGGACGAAGUCGCGGCCGGCGCUGGUGGAGGCAAUGCUGCUUGUCAAGAAAGAGAAUGUGUUUGCCCGGAAAAGUUUCGCCACCAAGGCGAGGUUCGAUGAGAAGAGGAAAGACAGCGAAAUCGUCGUCGACAGCUCCACCGGCGGUCCUAACGACCCCGAGAUGUGGAUCAGCAUCGACGGCAUCGUGCUCAUCCACGUCAAGAAUUUACAAUGGAAAUUUAGAGGCAAUCAGACCGUUAUGGUUAACAAGCAGCCCAUUCAGGUUUUUUGGGACGUUCAUGAUUGGUUGUUCUGUGGUGCUGCUGCUGGGCCUGGGCUUUUUAUAUUCAAGCCCGGCCCACCCGAGGCGGAGAGCGAGAAAGAAGGAAGCGCUGUUGAAGGUUGUGAGGGUAGUGAUGAUGGGAGUGUUGGGUAUUAUUCAACUCUCAAUAUUGCUACCUUUGAGUUCUGUCUUGUUCUAUGUGCCUAUAAAAUUGAGUAAUAGAGAGAGGGGAAGAGGGAGAG